UUUGCGCUUCAGCUGUACCCGGUUCCUGGUGCUCCUCGACAGCUAUGUGCUGCAGCUGGUGACAACUCUCUUGUGAUGGCCUACCCUCAUGGAAACAACCAGCGGAAAUUCUUCAUCACCAAUGGGCCCUCCACGAGGCAAUGGUGCGUGCUGGCCUGGCCCUUCGCGACCUGUGAAUGUUGCCUUCAUUCCGGUCGGGAUAAUGCUGAUGAUGGCCAGAGUUUCAAACGUCACCUUGGAUAUGUUCAUUCAACGCUCCGCACGUAUCGAAGACUCUGUGGUCAGGGACUCUACGGUCCCUCGCUAUUGGUUGGGAAGAGACUGUGGGAGAG